CAACAGAAACGGGUGUAAGCAAACUAAAGAGGGAAGAGGAACCAAGGGCCUCUUUGGUGAGAGAGGGUGACAGUCACAUGCAUACGAGUUCUUUUCACCUUGCACUGUUUCAAAGGCAGCCAAUGGAUUUCCAUGUUGUGGAUUUAAAUGGGCAACCUGUAGCUGCUGCACUGUCUCCAUUGAAUUCCAACAUUUGGUAAUUAUCAAGCUCUGUCUCCCAGCAUCACAAGGGUUUUGUUACCAUGGCAACUAGCAAGCAGAGCUUUGUUAAAGCUGCCGAGUCUCAGUAUUCAGUGCCUGCACAGAGAGAGGAAGAAAUGCAUGUUAAGGCCCCUCUCACGACAAUGUAUGUCCACACCGUUCCUGCUCCUGGCCUGCCGCCAUAUCUUCAGGCCCAAGCCGGAGCCUUGCAGAAUUCAACGAUUUUACCCCUGUUUUUGCCUGGGAUGUGUAGCAACCAGGCUCUGACAUUGCAUAUAGCCAGCAAUGCUGUUUUGCAGCAACAAAAGCAAGGGGCUCCAGCAACCUCGCCCAGACCUAAGUCUACCGGGAAGCAUGUUUGCCCACACUGUGGCAAGGAUUGUCUGAAGCCCAGCGUUCUUGAGAAACAUCUGCGCUGCCACACAGGAGAGAGGCCAUACCCAUGCACCACUUGUGGAAUCUCCUUCAAGACACAGAGUAACCUUUAUAAACACAAGCGCACCCAGGCUCAUGCCCGCCUUUCCAGCGAAUCUGACAAAGGGACCUUCAGCAGCCAGGAUAGCACGGAGUGUUCAAAGGACAACUGCACCACUCCAUCCUCUGAGAUGCAUGGGGAAGACUCAACUGAUGUAAAGAGAAUCGAUGAAGUUCUUCCAGUAAUUUCAGUAAAAACACAAGGUCAAGCAGGCUCUUCAGAAGGUAGAGGGCCUGGCAGGGAAUGGGGAUUACACAAGGCUGCCAUGGUUGGAUUUAGCACAAAACCAGCACUACAGGAACAGGUAAAUGCUUUGAGCAAAACUGUAAGGAAUAAUUCUGCACCUAAACAGACAAGUGCACUGAGUGAGGAUGGACGUGCACCACUGACUCCAAAUCGUAAAACCCUUCAGAGACAGGAAGCCCUAUUUUCCACACCAUGGGAGUCACCCAUGUCACGGGGAAAGUCUCAAAGCCAUGACAGUACAGACUCUGGCUUCAGCGACUGCAGUGAGCCUCAUUCAUCCAGCAGUACUGGGUCAAGCCUGUAUGAUCCUUGUAUGGAAUCACUGGCAGAAACAACAAUGGAGCAGCAAGAACCUGGUGCUUUAGAGAUGACCCCUGAUGACCCUAAAAGCAAGGUGUCUAUUCAGGAAAAGCAGAAGCUGGAAGAACGUAUUUCAAAGCUCAUAUAUGAGAAUAGUGUGUUGGUAGAGGAUAAACAGCUGGAGAAUGUGCGACCAAGAAAGACAGUAUUGUCGAAACAAGGAAGCAUUGAUCUUCCAGUACCAUACACUUAUAAAGACUCCUUCCAUUUUGAGAUAAGGAGCAGCAAGCACAUCUCAAGCUCACAAAAACAGGACAGAGGAGGUGGGGCUAUUUACAGCUCCGUGCCUACACAACACUCCACUCGCCUGGAGCAUGCACCAUUAACACGGAGCAGUUCUUUGCCCUUCACUGUGGGUGGCAAACCACCAGAUGGAGCAAUAAAUACAAAUCUUAGCAGAAGGUGUAGUGCAGGGCAUAUUAACCCAGUUCAGUCAUCAGACCAACAAACACCAAGUCAUCGCUCACUAGUUAGGCAGGUAGCGGUAGAUUGCCUGCCUUUUGCAGAAAGAUCACCGGUUGAAAGAGGUAGUAUCAGGAGCCUUAACUCAGAUGGAGACAGCGCUGACAUUGGAACAGAGCCAUGUAUAAAAGGAAACUAUAGGAAAAAAGCCAAGAAAUUUGACUACACAAAAUGGCACACUUACAAAGGUGGGACAUUUAGGAAACUCUACAAUGCUGAGAAAGACUGUCCUCUGAAGACCAGAAAGACUGCACCUAGCACUGAGCAAACAGAAAGCCUAGAUAUUAAAAUUAGCCAACAGAGAGACAAUGGAUCUGUGUCUCUGAGCUUUACUUCCUGUUCUGUUGUCUGCUGUCUCCCCCAAACUGGCAAUAUUUCAUUAGCACAGAAACCAAUUCAGGCUAUUUCUUCAUAUACACUUCUGAAAAUUCCAUAUCAGAAAAACACAGUAGAAGAAUCUCAGCAAAUUUUAACUUUACAAAAUGAACUUAAAGGGUCAUUUGCCAGCUUUGAGAAUAGUAAUGUAAGAGAGGCAGAGAUGGACAAAGAGGAAUUUGUAACACAACACAAUGAAUGUCAUAUCCCAUCAGAGAGGAAGAAGCAACGCACUGGGAAUGAUGUGCAUGUGCUCAGUAUUUCAGAUCUUAGAAUGGGACAGGCAAAUGUAAAUCUGUGUGGUUUAAUGAGUCAACCACUGCUAUCAAUAUGUGGGGCACACAGUUCCAUCAGAGUUCCAGAGCAAAAGGUCAACAUGCAAACUCUCGACCCGGAGGCCAGCUUCAUACAACAGUUCUCAAAUCCAAGUCAAUUCCUUUGUAAAACUUGUAGCCCUGCUUUUUGUUUCAACAAUAUGAGUGGGACACCUGGCACCCCUUCUGUUUCAACCAGCAGCUCUACAGCUCCUGAAGUCAAGACCAGCUUUCCUCCCAAGUACCAGCUGAAGAUUCCAUGUUCCACAGAUGGAGUGUCAGCUUCAUGUUCUGGCUCUACUUUAGUACAUAACACUCCUUCAACCAUUCCAGGUCUCAUGCAAAGCCAUCAAAUUGCAGUACAGUGCCAUCCUGAGACAAGUUUACCAUGCUUAAAACAGUGUCAAGGUGCCUCAAUAGUCAAAACCUUUGACCAGAGUGAACAAGAUGCAUUACGUGCAACAACCUCAUUGACUGUGUUAUCGAUUUCCUGUCCUGAGCAGAAUCAAACAGACACAUUAUCCAAAGUACUGACACCAUUUCAGGCUGACACGCCUACAUCAGUUUCACUUGUUUCACCUAUGCUGCCCCCAUCAGUGCAGCAUCAGGUUGCUUUAUGGCAGAGUAAAUGUACAACAGAUGUGGGGGAAAACCAGUCAACAGGUCCUGUAUCAUCAGUGUUGUAUCAUCCGCUAAAAGCUUUCACAGCAUCAGAGAACACCCAAUCUGUUAUGUUGAACACAGUGCCAACACUGAGUCACUGUUCUGAAUCUGCUCAAACUACACAAACUUACUCUUCAGCAACAAUAUCACCUACCAUUCAAACCCAUACUGCCUUGUCUGUGAUUACAUCCGAAAAACCUCUUGGGCACACAACAGACUCAAAAUCCACAGUAUAUGAGAAUACUCUGAGCAGCGCUGCCUCUAAAAUGUCCACUGGUGAAGGGUCACAGUGUGAAGAAAAGGUAAUACUACUAAAUGGCACAGCAGAGUCACAGGCUCAGAAUACGUUUUAUGUACGAACAGCCGACCUCCAGAUUUUCAUGCAACUAAUUUCUGAUGAACAGUUAGCACUGAUAGAGCCUCAUAUCGAAAUGCCAGACUUCAAAGCAAUAGAAAGCUAUUCUGUGAGCUACAGAGUUCCUGUGACUUCAAACACAAACCAGGCAUCUCUUUCACGGGAAGUAUAUAAUGAUGAUGUGACUAAUGUGUGUGUGGCACAAGAAAUGGUAAAUAAUGGUGAAAUUGGCAAAACAACAAAACAAAUAAUUUCUAAGUCUUGUGGAUCUUCUAAUUCAGACAAUAGAAAAGAAAGGGUCUGUGGUUUAAACCUUCAAAAUAAUCAUGCUAUUGCAAAAUCCAGUCCUCAAUGUGUGUCAUCCUGGUCACACCCACAGACAAAGUUUCAUAUCUCUACGAUGGAUUACAGUCAAACUCCAGCAGGACAAUUCUACGAAUCACGCAAGAUAUCAGAUAAUUUCCAGGAAAGAAAAUCUGCCAGGUUUGAUGUUACCACAGAGUCACAUCACAAACAAGGGUCUGGUGACAAACUGAGUGAACCUCAUUUAGUGGACGAGAGCUAUUUAAAAAGAGAGAAUGACAAAGAGCCCCAAAACUGUUCUGAUCAUAGCCUAAAUCUGGUCAACUCCUCUGACCCCAUGCCUAAGGUUACUAUUAGACAGGAUCAAACAUCCACAGAGGUCAAAGAUGAACAUAUUACUGCCACAAAAACAACUGUUUUAAAAGAUACAUUUUGUCUAAUGGAGUCAAAUUACACUCAAACUAUAAACAAUACUGAGCCAGUGGAACCACACCAAACAGGGCACCUCGUGCCAGUCACAUUAUCAAGAGAUUGUGAAAGGGUUCAAACAAAGAGAUCUACACAGCUCGGAUCUUGUAUUUCUGAGAAUAAGAUCCCAUUAACCUCUCCCACAGAAUCACAACAGAUGCAAAAGGUGCUGAUCUCUACAAAACAACCCAGCCAUAACAAGUCAUGCUGGGCUGCAUGUGCCACAAAUUCAGCUAUGAGAGAAAUGAGAGCAUGUGGCACAGGUAAGCUCAGCUGCAAGCAUGGUGGCCUGGGGAAUGAAACUUUUUGUCCAGAGCAAACACCUACACAGUAUCAGUUCCAACAAUCAUUUGGUCUAGGUCCAACAGGAGACUUUGGGAGUAACAGUAGUAAAUUGAAAGCAUACUGUCCGAUGCUGAACAGGACAUCUAACAAUAUCCUUGAAGACAACAGCAAAUGCAGAGAUGUCCAGAGAGAUGUCCUCAUCCAUACACAACAUGCCAAUCUGGAUCAAUUUACAGGGCCUGUGGAGGAUGGGACCUUUCAGAGGGACCCUGGGACACAGAGCAUGGAGUCAGUCACCAAGGAACCUGAGAGUGGAUGUGGAGAGUGGGGGAGGCGGGCCACAGAGGUGGCUGACACCAACAACACAAGCCAAGGCUGCAAGAACAUUGGCAAACAGGACAAAGGAAAGGACGAGAAAUCCUGUGAGGAACAUCAAACAGCUGAAGCACAAGCUCACCCUCAUCUCUCCCAGGAUAUGAUUAAUGUGUCCCUCCACAUUGUAGACCAAACUCAGCAUGACAAAUUCAGCGUUUCAAACUAUGUAACACCUUCGGUCUGCAUGAACAUCAGUUCACAAACCUGUCAACCUCAAGGUCAUAGGGAACGUGACAACUACAUCAGGAGAAAUAGCAAGAAUGAAGGAUUUGGGAAAAGUACUUCUCAAGAGACCAGCCAAAAGCAGUCAAAAUCUCUUGGACAUGACAAAAGGCUUGUUUCAUUAUCUCCAGGGCAAAGUGUGGCAGGAUAUGCCAAUCAAACGAGCAGACAUCUUUUGGUACAUCCACUCUCGGUUAAUGCCAUGCAAAUGGAGGUCCAAAAGGAGCCACAGACAAGGAGCGCUAAGACCCACUGGACUUAUUCAAAAGCCACACAAGCCCAGGUGCUCUCACAACAACACAAAACAAUAAGCAAAACUGUAUCAGCCAGUGUUUCAAGGACUGAGCUGGUCAACACAAAUAUUAUGUCAUCAUCCAGUGUUUCAUGCAAAUCACAUUCCAAUGCCCCACAGCAAACUUUUAGUCAAGUCCCACACACCAAUCAAAUAUGUUCUCCGUCCACACAUAGCAACUCAACAGAAUCCAAACUAUUCUAUUCAGGUAAUAAAAGUUACCUGGAACAUGAGGACAGUAACAGCAGCAGUGAUGAUGAGCAAAAGCUAGUCAUUGAACUUGAGUAAGGCAUACACACAAACAAACAAAGGUUUUUUAUGGAGGGAACUUUCCACUGACUUAAAUGCUGAUAAAUUAAGCUAAUUAUAUUUACCACACCCUAACCCUAAUUCUAAAUCUACCCCUUACAGACACCUACAUUUUUAAAUGUUAAAUUAUGUAGUCUCACUUCGUGAAGCUGUUUCUACCAUGAGGAACUUCCAAAGUUACCACAAUAUACAUUACCAGUCAAAAGUUUAUACACUCAUCCUUUAUUAGUAAUAUUAAAGGUUUGCAGACAAUUCAAAAUAACAGUAAAGUUGUUAAAAUGAAAUAUGAAAUGUAAUUAUGAAAUACCAAGAAGUACUGGAAUUGUAAAUGUAUUGAUAAAAAAUAUUAAACAAAUUAGAAAUAUGUUAUAUUUCAGGAUCUUCAAAGUAGUCAGCCUUUGUCUAGUUUACAGCUCUUCAGACUUUGGGCAUUCUCUGAACUAACUUCAUAAGGGUUAUCAUGUUUGCUGGACACUUGUUAACUGUCUUUCCUUGAGAAUAAUGGAAUAUUAGGACAAAUGUGUCCAAACUUUUGACUGGUAGUGUAGGAUGUGUCAGGAUAUUUGGUCCUCACAAAGAUGGUGACACAACCUUACUUCCAGAUAUGCAGACAACCUUUUUAGACCAUUUUUUAGUGCCCACAGCUGCACCCAAGUCUAUGUAGACACAAAAAGCCCCAGGCAGGACCUGCAUCCUCAUGCUACCACCUAUCAACAGGUGCAGUGAAUUUUUUCACACCCCCAGGAGUUUCACCCCUUGCUUUGCGAGGGCACCUGGAGAAAGCAUGCAAUGCAUGCACACUUUCUUCUCUAGAGUGUGAUUUCUUAAUGUGAUCCACCAGGCUGACUCAGUGCAAGUACAAAGUCAUACCCGAGAAUACAUUCUUACCGAGAAUGUCAUCAGGGAUCAGUCAUCAGACCAUCAGUACAUGCAGCAAAGGCAAUGAGUCAGCAGCCAGUUAGAGGCCUCUGACACUGAAACUAAAAACAUCUCAUACAUUAACCUUCCUGUAGUGUCAUCACUUUUGUUUGCUGAAUAUCAUUUGCUUACACAAAGACAUUUGAUGGAUAACAACUGUAUAAUGAUCUCUGAAUUACUAUAAAUUUAUAUUUGUCUUACAAUGUGUUUUAUACUGUUAAAAAUCAACAAUACUUUGUUAAUUUGUUUUACAUUCUGAUAUAUAUUUGCAUUUCCUCAUUGCUGUCCAUCUGGGUAUAUAGCACAAGCACACAUUUUAAGCAAAACAUUCCACAAAUAGAAAUUUGUUAGGUAUUUGGACACUUUCUGGUUGUCAAACAUUAGUUGAGCAUGUCCGUGGUUAAUGUAGUGAACUACACCUGUGGUGACUCUACUAAGACACUUGUGUGAACUUGAGGGGAACUGACCUCAUACGGUACAUCUACUUAAAAUUACCUUGACAUCAGCUGCUUAAUAGUAAUUGUAAAAGUGGCUCAGAAAAGUGAAGUUUGUUUUCAGUAAAGCUCUAGCGUCAUUUGUUUGCAGAUGCCACUUGCUUGAUUACUUUGUAUCUAAUGCAAUGACAUUCAUAUAUUUUUAUGAAUGUUUAUUUUUUGUUUAUAUAUAUAUAUAUAUAUAUAUAUAUAUAUAUAUAUAUAUAUAUAUAUAUAUAUAAAGUCUUAAGUGUCCAAAUACUUUCUGUGGUCAAUGUAUCCACACUGUGUGCUUUAUGAUAAGUUGUUCAAGUGAAUUGCAAAUCACCUGAACAAAUCUUAUUUAUGUCAAAGUUCUAUUAAAGCUACAUGGCAUUAUACAGUAUUAUACAUUUUGUUUUAACCUCAAAAUUAUUUAAUUCAACAUCUGCCAUGUUUUGACAAAACAAAUGCCUUGCAAUUAAACCUCCAAAAAGAAGUGCUGUUGAAAUCAAACAGAAUGAUCACAUGGGAAAAUCGGUGACAGAUAAUUUGACGUGUAAAUUUGUCAAAACAUUUUUGAGGUGGGGCUAAUGUUCUAGAUGGAACAACUUCUAGUUAUUCAUCACCGACGUAAUUCCUGUGCUCUGAACCUUUUACUUCUGUUGGAAAUACCUUAUUGUAUAUGGGAUUUUUACUGAAAAACAAAGAGGGAGGAGACAAUUAUUAUUAUUAUUAUUAUUAUUAUUAUUUGGUAAUUGCCAUUAUGCCACAAAUUCUGUCUGAGACAGACAGUUCUAGACUUUAAUAGUAAAUAAAUAAAUAAACAUUGUGGCUUUAAAUGAAUAAUAAAUACAUUUCUUUGUAUACUUCUUUGUAAGACUGAUCAGAUUUUCUUGCUUACAUUGAAGCACACAACAUGCUCAUUGGAAACAUUCUCAAAUCAUGCUGAGAUAACAUGGAUCAUCAGUUUUGCAAAAUGUUUAUAAUGUUGACCCAUCCACUAAUCUGAAACCUACUCCUAAACCUAGCCUAACCCUACCUGUGCCUCGAACUCAGAAGCAGCAAAUCCAAAUCUCAUAUUAGUUUUGCAAAACAACAUGUAUGUAAGGGUAGGUAUUCAAAUAAAUAAUUACAUGCAUGUACUUUAAAUGUAAGUACAAUAUAAAAACAUGUAUGUACACAAUAAAUACACUGCAUUAAUUGCUUAAUUUUUUUUAAUAUUCUGUAAGUACAUAGUAGGUAAAUACUCCUAAUUUAAAAUGGGACCCCAAAUACUAAGAAAUUCAAGUAAAGUUUAUAAUUACAUUUUUCUCAAAUUGUUAUGCUGAUAAAAUAAUGACAAAACAGUCAAAAGAUAAUUCAUGAAGGAGAGGCAAUUCAACUGAUUUUCAUGUCUGUAGAGACCUGGGAUGUUUCUCAAUACCAAGUACGCCAAGUUCGGACUUGAGUACUUGGUAGUUCGGACUUCGCAAGUUCAACUCGGGAGUACUAACUCCCGAGGACGGGAGGACGCAGUACGGUCACUCUGCAAUUGGAACAGCAACGUACUUGAUGACGUCACCAUCUCAGCUCGUCUUGGCAAUACAUGCCUAC